AUGAAGUACCUUCAAGUACUCUUGUUCCCUGUCGCUUUCUUUAGUUUUACUUUUGCCGACUUCACAGACGAUGCUAUUGCUUCCAUCCAGACAUUGCAGAAGACAUGGUACAAUUUCAAUACUGGCCUCUGGGACGACUUUUGGUGGCAGUCAGGCAACAUUCUUGAGGCCAUAGCUCAAUUUGGUAUAGAAGAUCCAGACUUCAAAGAUGUUGCAGCAAACAUUGUCGCAAACACAUACGCCAAAUCACCCGAGCAACACGGUGCGAAGCAGUGGACAAACAAAUUCUAUGACGAUAUGGGAUGGUGGGCUAUGGCUUGGAUCGCCUCUUACGACCUGACUGGAGACAAGAAGUAUCUGGAUAGCGCCAAAUCUAUUUUCCAAGAUAUGACCAGCGGCUGGAACACGCCCUGUGGUGGUGGAAUAUGGUGGUCAGAGGACCGCGAUUACAUCGCUGCCAUUGCGAACGAACUUUUCCUCGCCGUGGCUGCACACCUUGCAAAUCGCUGCAGCGGCCAAGAGAGACUGGAUUACCUCAACUGGGCUGAAAGAGAAUGGGAGUGGUUCAGCAAUUCCGGCCUCAUCAACUCGGAUGGACUGAUCAAUGAUGGAAUCGACCCGACCACCUGCAAGAACAACGGCGGGACAACCUUCACCUACAACCAGGGCGUCAUCCUAGCCGGUCUCUCUGAACUUUCGCGCGCAAAGUCCGAUCCCAGCCUCGUCGAUCGUGCAUACGAUAUCUUUAAUGCUGUAUCAAAACACCUUACCGACCCCAGCGGUAUUCUCACCGAACCUGUAUCCGGAGCUCUGGAUCCAGUCGCAUCACAGUUCAAAGGCGCUUUCGGACGAGGCCUGUUGACACUAUAUCAGUAUAAGCCACGAAAAGAAGUCAAGCAAUUCAUCAUGAUCAACGCCAAUGCUGCACGAAGCGCACGAAAGGGAGAUGGUGGCAUUAUUCCCGGUCGCUGGCAGGGAGAUAGCAGCGAUGGAAACACUUGCACGUUGGCUAGCGGCAUUGACAUCCUGGUGGCUGCGGCAUAUGCUGAGAAGCAUUAG